UACAAACAACCUCAAACUGUGACCAUCGAUUCAGAUUGACAACCUCAACUCAAGAACUAACUGGCUUCAUCUUGGAAGCUCCUGGAUUGAACUCAAAAGGAACCUCAAUCGAUCAAACAAACUCAUCAGAAGCACCAAACUUAACUGAUUAACUGAAGUUGAAUUCAUUCCAAGAAGCUGCCAUUAUGAAGGAAGAUAAUGAAACAAACUUAUCAUCGAGCAAUUUAACUCCUAUCAUCAAAACAACAACAACUACAACCAUAACCGAAAAGAAAACAAUAAACGUCAAAGAACCAACAAAGAAGACAACAAUGACCGAAACAACUACAACAACAACUACGAGGGAAGAAACUAAUGACUCAAGCAUGGUUCAGCAGGCUGGAACUCAGCCUGAUCAUGUCUAUCAAUCUCAAAUGUCAAACUUCAGAUUCAAGAUCAGAAGUCAAUUGCUACGUUCAUUAAAUGCAGAAAUCUCAAUCUUACAUCAAAUUCAAAUCAAAACUAAAUCACCUUUAUUAGAUUUUAUCAUGUUAAAUUCAUCUUGGUUAGGAUCUCAUUCAUUCUUUAUAUUGACAUUACCUCUAUGUUUUUGGUUUGAUCAAAAUCCAACUCAAGCAAGAUCUCAUGUUUAUAUUUUAUCUAAUUCAGUUUAUCUUACUGGGUUUUUGAAAGAUUAUCUUUGUGUGCCUAGACCAUUUUCACCUCCGAUCAAGCGAUUAACGAUCAGCAAUCAUGAAUCUGAAUACGGGUUUCCUUCUACUCAUUCUGCUACUUCAGUCACUACAAUAUUCAUGAUCUUAAAUCACCUAAGUCAAUUAAAUCAUCUAUCUACUUCGUUCCGUUGGUCAACUUAUUUGAUUUUAUUCAUUUAUGGGAUUCUGUUAAUUUUCGGUCGAAUUUAUUGUGGUAUGCAUUCAAUUCAAGAUGUCAUGAUGGGUUGUUUGAUUGGAUUUUUAGUUUAUGUUUCACAUGAAUUUUAUCUUUUAGAUUGCUUAACUCAAAUCCUAGAAUUCGAUUUUAUGAAAUCAGAUUUCAUGAUCUUUAAAAUCUUAAAUAUUCCAAUCAUGAUCAUUUCAAUUGGAUUAUUUUUCACAAGUUUAUAUCCUGAACCUAUAGAUAAUUGUCCUUGUUUUGAAGAUUCUACUGCUUUUUUGGCUGUUUCGAUAGGGAUAAUGAUUUCACAUUAUCUUACUGGAAAUCAAUUCAUUCCGAUCAGACCAUUUUUUGGUCAUAAUGAUCUUACUUCAUCAACAUCAAAUCCAUUAGAAUCUUUAUGUAUUGAAGGUUUAAAAUCAAUUUUAAAGAUCAUCAUUGGACUUUUUAUAAUCUUUCUUUGGCGUUUAAUCAUAAAAGAGAGUUUAUCUAGAUUAUUACCCAAACUAUUCAAAUUAUUUUCACCUUUAAUCGAUUUACCUAGAAGACAUUAUGAUUCAACCAAGAAUUAUUCGAUUUAUAGAACUCAAUUAAAUCAAAAAACUAAACAAGCUGGAUUAAAAGCUAAAUUGAUUCCAUCUCUAUUACAUUUAGCUAUACCAGAUGAAGAUCAAGGAUUAAAAUCGAAUUCCGAAAAAGGGGUUAUUCAAGAUCAAAAUCAAAAUCAAAAGGAAACGGUAAACCAACAAACAGAAAAAGACAUUGAGGUUUUGAAAGAUCCAAAUCAAUCAAAUCUUAAAUCUAGAAAAAAUUCAAAUCCUCAACACCUAAAACCUUCCAAAACUUCUCAGACAUCAACUACUACUCAUCAAAUUAAACAAUGGAAACCUCCCACUGAUGUUAAACAUCAUGAUAUAGAUGUUUUAAUGAGAUUCAUCGUUUAUUGUGGUAUAGGAUUCUUAGCAGCCUAUGCUUUGCCUUCUUUGUUUUACAAAAUCGGAAUUUAAUGCAAAAAAAACAAAUUCCUUGUCUAACUCGUCUGUUUUUAUGCAAUCAAUCAAACUUAAAAUAGAUCUUUAGUAUAUGUGUCAUUUUGUUUUGAAAAAAAUACUGAAAAAACGGCAAUUUGAAUUUAAUAUCUUUCUGUUUUGAUUUCUUUAUCAUUGGUUUUUAUUCUAAUGGUUGUAUUCAUAAAAAAAAUUCCGUACUCUUGUUUUUUGGCUAACUGAUCAAUAAUCGAUUUCUUCCUUUUACUCAUCUUUUCAAAAAUUGUUCUUUGAUUAUUUCAUCACUUUCUCUUGAUUUCCUUUCCUUUUCUUUUGAAUUGAGUGAUGAUUUCAAUUUUAUCGGGCAUAUGUUUGUGGAAUUCAGUAGAUUUCUUUUUUUUAUCAAUUCAAGUUAUGCAAAUUUAGUGUAUAAAAAAUUAACAAAAUCAAAAAACAAAUGCAAAGAGUUCGGAUUGAAGCCUCGUUUUAUUUUCUAAACUUUG